AUGGACUGCCCGCCGGAUCAUUACAGCGAAGACAGCGAUGACCCUCCUAUCAAAGCGAGAAUGAAGGCUCUAAGAGAAUCGACGGCAGAGCUUCUGCAGCGCGAGGCCGCUCGGUACAGCAGCGAUGAACUGGACAAGGCCUACAGCUCGUACCUGAACGAAGCGGGAUUCCAAGUCGCACUGCUACAGCAAGGCGCCAUGCACGGGUUCAUGUACAGACUCUUCAAAGCCUGGCCUGAUACGCGCAUUCGGUACUCCCAGCCUCCACUCGAACGAUCAAGUCUUGACCCAAACGCUGCUCGCGGCCGCAAAUACACAAACGCGCAUCGCCCAGCUGCGCGUGGACCCGUCGUCCAAUCACUUCUUUCGCCACGGAUCCCACACGACGACGAAGAGACUGUCGCGGCGACGCUCUUUCCAGCGGCUGUAGCCGACGAGUACGACGAAGCCCAAAUUAUUGAAGGUCUCAAUCGCGGCGGAGUAGCCGACUUUCUGGCCCACGCAACAGACCCACGAGUUCUCCAAGUCCGGUGUCCAAACACCUAUUACAACGGUCCCUGGGUGUCGUUGAACGCCAUAAUACCCGACCGCCUUUGGCCGAAUCUACAAUCCAUCGACCUUUUCGGUUUUGAAUGCACAGAGGACAAACUCGUGCGAUUUGUUACCAAAUGCUGUGCCACAGUCUCCGAGUUUUGCGUGAAGUGCCCGCUUCUCACCCACGGAAGGUGGACGAGUGUUUUCCGCCGCGUCGCAGGCAUGUUCCGCUCCUUCAAAAGCUUCGGUUUCGAAGCCUCCCUAUUAACUCGUGACGCGGACGAUGGUCGAUUAAAACACGUCGGUAUGGGAAAUAUCUAUCAGCCGGAUCUUUUGGUGCAUCGGGAUCUUUUGUAUGACUUUCUCAGAAAUGGAGGGCCUGAGCCGCAUGUCAUCACCAGUGGUUACUUUGGUCCGUGA